AUGUCUACCGAUAAGAUCACUUUUCUAUUGAACUGGCAACCUGCCCCAUACCACAUCCCUCUCUUUUUGGCCCAAACUAAGGGCUUCUUCAAGGAGCAGGGUUUGGAUGUCGCUCUUUUGGAGCCAACCAACCCUUCCGAUGUUACUGAAUUGAUCGGUUCCGGUAAGGUUGACAUGGGUCUAAAGGCUAUGAUCCACACCUUGGCCGCCAAGGCCAGAGGUUUCCCAGUGACCUCCGUCGGUUCGCUUUUGGAUGAACCAUUCACCGGUUUGUUGUACAUGAACGGCAGCGGUAUCACUGAAGACUUCCAAUCCCUAAAGGGUAAGAAGAUCGGAUACGUCGGUGAGUUCGGCAAAAUCCAAUUGGAUGAGUUGACCAAGCACUACGGUAUGACUCCUUCCGACUACACUGCUGUUAGAUGCGGUAUGAACGUCGCCAAGUACAUCAUUGAAGGUAAGAUUCACGCCGGUAUUGGUAUCGAAUGUAUGCAACAAGUUGAAUUGGAAGAGUACUUGAAGAAAGAAGGUAAGCCUGUUACCGACGCCAAGAUGUUGAGAAUCGACAAGUUGGCUUGUCUAGGCUGCUGUUGUUUCUGUACCAUCUUGUACAUUUGCAACGAUGAAUUCUUGGCCGCCAACCCAGAGAAGGUUAGAAAAUUCUUGACCGCCGUCAAGAAGGCCACUGACUACGUCUUGGAAAGCCCAAUCGCUGCCUGGAAGGAGUACGUCGACUUCAAGCCAGAGCUUGACAACGACAUGAACUUCAAGCAGUACCAGAGAUGUUACGCUUACUUCUCCUCUUCCUUGUUCAACGUCCACCGUGACUGGAACAAGGUUACCGGUUACGGUAAGAGACUAGAGAUCUUGCCAGUCGACUACAAGGCCAACUACACCAACGAGUACUUGUCUUGGGACGAGCCAAAUGAGGCCGAGGAUCCUUUGGAAGCCCAAAGAUUGAUGGCCAUUCACCAAGAAAACUGCAGAGACAAGGGUGGUUUCAAGAGACUCGAUGUUGUCCUCAAAGCCUAA